GCAGCUUGUCUCACCGAUAUCCGACGUGUACAUUCUCACCUGCUGAACACUUACCCACCCUAUUCCAUUCCGUCCUCUCCUUCUUUUUUUCGGUUCUUCAGUGGCGACUAGGAGAAGAAAUCUACGAAGCCCCCCCCCCCCCGGCGCAUACCAUUUGACCUGAAUCGUCCACAGGCUCACACAUGGGACUCGAGCACGAAAAUGGAGGAGUGCCUGCGCAUGAUCCGCCGAGAGAGGGCGAGGCUGCAUUCCCAAUCACUUACCACGACAAAUAUGUGAUUCACUACGAUUUCUCGAAUCUCGGCCAAGAUGAGGCCGUUGCCAAGCUCAAUACCCUGUGUGGGGACCUAAGCAGCGCCGGCCUCGAGGUGGAGGUCCGCCCAGGAAACGACCAGACGCUGCUGGUCUUCGCAAGAGCCCGGAAGGACCACCUCGAAUCGACCGUCUUCAAGUCGCGUGUCAAGGACUGGCUGUGGGAGAUUACGAGGCUGCAGCCCACGACGGGGAAGGAUGGCCCCUUCGUCGACGACGCUUUUGAGGCUGAAAACGUGCUGUCCAUGUAUCACCUGGUCAACUGGCCCCAGGAGAUUGGCGGCGCCGGUAUCACACCUGGGCGCGGCAAGUGGGAGUGCGUCAGGUCCAUCUUCCCCAUCCACAACGAGCCGGCCAACAGCGCCCUGCUCCGCCACCUGAGCAAGAAGCUGUUCCUCGGGGAUGACGACCUCGACUCCAUCAGGGACCUGUUUGGGAGCAAGGUCGCGUUCUAUUUCGCCUUUAUGCAGACCUAUACGGCGUUUCUGUUCUUCCCUGCCAUCACAGGCUUCCUCGCCUGGAUGUUCCUGCCCAAUUACUCACUUACGUACGCCAUUCUCGUUCUGUUCGGCUCCACCAUCUUUCUGGAGUACUGGAAAAUCCGUCAAAUCGACCUCAGCAUCAGAUGGAAUGUCAAGGGGGUCGGGUCACUCAAGGUCAGCCGGCCGACCUUCCGAUACGAAAAGGUCGUGGUAGACGCCGUGGGACGCACAAAACACAUCUACCCCAAGUGGAAGGCGAUCCUGCGGCAGCUGGUCCAAGUACCGUUCUUUGUCGUGGCGCUUUUAGUGCUUGGCUCCAUUAUCACUAUUGUCUUUGCCAUCGAGGUGUUGGUGUCGGAGGCUUACGACGGCCCCUAUCAAAACUGGCUCGAAUAUCUCCCGACGGUCUUGCUCGCCGUUUCCCUGCCUUACAUCAACACAUUCCUCGAGGACGUGGCCGAAUGGCUGGCCGAGUUCGAGAACCACCGCACAAGUGACACCCUGGAUGUCUCGCUCACGCAGAAGCGCUUCGUCCUGAGCUUCAUUGCCAACUACCUGCCCAUACUUCUGACAGCAUUUGUCUACAUACCAAUGGGCGACCUCAUCGUGCCCCAGCUCAGGGACGCCUUGCGCAAGAUGCUCGGCCGCGGCACCGACUCGACCUUGGUCCACAUCGCGGCAGACUUCCGCAGCGACCCCCAGCGUCUGCGCAACGAGAUUAUCGCCAUGACCAUGACCGGCCAAUUCUCAGACAUGUUCGAGGAGCUGAUCCUCCCCUGGAUCAAGAUCCGCUUCCGGGACUGGUGGCACGACCGGCAGGCAGCCGCGGCGAAGCCAGCCUCGCACCGCCGCUCGAACUCGGCCGUCGUUGCCGACGACCCGGCCGAGGUGGCAUUCCUGCGGAGCGUGCGGCACCAGGCCGACCUGGAGCCGUACAACGUGCAGGACGACAUCUCGGAGAUGGCGAUCCAGUUCGGGCACCUCGCGCUCUUCGCGCCGGCGUGGCCGCUCGUGUCCGUCGGGUUCCUGAUCAACAACUGGAUCGAGCUGCGCUCCGACUUCCUCAAGCUGUGCACGCAGCACCAGCGCCCCCACCCCGUCCGCACGGAUGGCAUAGGGCCUUGGAUCGGGGCGCUCGACGCCCUCGUGUGGCUGGGCAGCAUCUCGACCGCGGCCAUCGUGCACAUGUUCUCCGGGGGCGGCGGCGGGCGGGGCUUCGAGGGCAAGGCCGCGUCGUGGCUGGGCCUGCUGGCGACCAUUUUCGUCAGCGAGCACAUCUACAUCCUGCUGCGGGUGCUCGUCCACACGGUGCUGCAGCGGGUGGUGGGGAGCAGGCAGCUGCGCCGCGAGAAGGACGAGCGCUACGCCUUCCGCAAGCGCCACCUGGACGAGCUCGAGGCCCAGAGCAAGAUGCGCGACGCCCUCCUGCUCAGCGCUGGGGGCGGCGUCGAGCUGCGCCGCAAGAGGAGUGACGCCCGCAUGGCCGACCUGGACAAGUUCUGGACGAAGCAGGCCUUGGAUGGCAAGAGUGAGGAGGUUGGGGCCGCCUUGAUACGUGCUGCCCAGGCCGCCGGGGAGAGGCCCGACAGCGAGGUGAAGAAGGACUGAGGCACUUGUAUCAUCCAAGCCCAGGAAACUAUGCGGGGGUAGUGCUGCAGAUAGGAUGGGAUGAACGCCAUGCCUGCACCGAUACAUAGUAACCCUUCAGGAGAUCUUCCCACAAGUAUGGAAGACACUGAUCUGUCAGUCUAUGUCAAAUAUAUAUACAACUUGGAUCGUG